ACACAGCAAGAUGCUCCGUUUUGCGGCUGGCCGUGUGCUGGGUGGACUUCGCAGUGCCGCUGGGCUGAAGAGUGGUGGUGUAUCGUCGAUGGUCGCCGUACGUCACUCGCACAGCAACGAAACCGACGAAGAGUUCGAUAGCCGCUACGAGGCGUACUUUAACCGGCCGGAACUGGAUGGCUGGGAGGCGCGCAAGGCCAUGAACGAUCUGCUCGGCAUGGAUCUGGUGCCGGAGCCAAAAAUCAUUGUGUCCGCACUGAAGGCCUGUCGUCGGUUGAACGACUACGCACUGGCAAUCCGCUUUCUGGAGGGUGUGAAGGACAAGUGUGGUGACAAAACGAACGAAAUCUACCCGUAUCUGCUGCAGGAAAUUCGCCCAACCCUGACGGAACUCGGCAUUGACACGCCGGAAGAGCUGGGCUACGAUCAGCCAGAGCUGGCACUGAAAUCGGUGUACGACAUGCACUAAAUCUUAAUUGGUGUUUGUGCUUAGUGGUGUGGGCUUAGUCGUGGUCUUUUUUGUCAAUAUUAAAUAAAUACACAGCCAGCUGUUAUAUAAUCGGAA